GCAGCCAUAAUUUUAACAUUAACUACCAAAUAUUUAUUUCCUAAAUGUUUAUAGUUAGUUCUCAAAUGUUUAUCCUUACAAGUUAAUUUUUAUGCACAAAAAGGAAACAAAUACAAUUUAAAUUAUGUUACUUUCUCUACCCACAGGUAAUUUGAAUUGUAAGUCUCAAUUGUCCAGCUGAUUGAUAAAUAGUAAAUAAAGUCAACACGGAAUAUUGCGAUAGCCUAUAAAAUAUUUUAUUUUUUUACUGCGACUCAAAAGCCAAAAUUUUCAUACUUCGUUGGAGAUAAAAAUUGUCUUCAUAAAUAAUUGAGCAACUAAACAACAAAUGAUUAAAAAAUUUCACUAUGGAUCUCGCAGUUGCAAAUAAAACUAGAAGCGGCCUCAAUGAUCGCGAAUCUGGUCAUGAAAAGAUGAAAAAACAACUCACGGAACUGGGCAUGUAUGAGGAGGGAAUGUCUUUUGAAGAAAUGAAAGACACUCUUACAGUUAUCGAUAACUCGAAACAAUCAGUCGAGGAAACUUCAAUGAAAUUUUCAUCCCAACCUGUAAUUGAACUGAAUGAUUCAUCAUCACCUCAGUCAUCAUUAUCACUAUUUGAUUACACGCCAAAAAAAAUGAAAAGUCAAGACGUAAAUCCGGAAGUAGAAAUUGAUGAGGAAGAAUUGGCAACAAACACGGAGAAUCAUGUGGGAUUCCAUGAUAAUAAAACAGAUGAAAAACCAUCAUCGCAUCCACGUCCUCUAUCUCCGAGUCCUGAUAAAGACGGCGAGUUGAACUGCUCUCGUUUAUUAGAUCCUCAUAAAUCAAAAGCGUCUGCUUCUAGUACGAAUAACAUAGAAGAUAGUUCUCGAUUAAGUUCAAACUGUAAAAUAUUGGAUGAUGUUCCCUCAAAAUCGAGAUUCUCGACAAAAUUUCAACGAAAAUUUGAUACGAUUAAUGGAAUUCCGCAUAAUUUACAUGAAACUUUAGAUAAGCAGCGUGCAACUCUAAAUAAAAUGGCAAUUAUGUGGCAUAGUUAUAAUACUAAGUCGGACUGUGAUGAAAUUCAAUGGGGGUCACCCAUUAAGGUAGAGACAGCUAAUGGAAGCUUGGAUAAGAAACCUUAUGUGCCAUCAGAUGAAGAUCUUGAAAUAUUUGAACCACAAAAUACGGAAAAAAAAUCUGCUUAUAUAAAUACGGAAAAAACUUCUCCUUACAUCGGUCUUCGACCACGAGUUGCAACUAAAAAUUAUGAGUUAAAUUGUGAUGAGGAGGACGAUGAUGAUGAAUACAUUUUCCAAAAACGUAAAAAAACAACUUUCGUUUCCAAACCGCCAAUAAAAAGACGUGUUACUAAUAAAGCGAAAAAACGACAGUCACAAGAAACCGGUACAGAACAAGAAAAUAAUUUGCUUCGGACGAAUUCAAUUGAUCCCGAAGUUCAGGCGAAUCCACGCAAACGAUUAGCAAAGUCUCCAACUCCAGAAUAUCCUGAGCUUUCUCAAUUAAAAAAAAGCCAGUCAUCGAGUUCGCCCAAGUCCGUGAGAGAAAUUUCAAAUAAUUAUCAAUCAAGGAAAGAAAACGCGUCUCCUCUAAGCAGUAAAAAAGAUCAAGUACCAAAUAAAAUAUCUAAAGGUUUAAAUCCCACGGAAAUAGAAUCCAUGAUAACGGAUGAUGAAGAUGAAGUGGUACCAAGUUCUCAACCGUUCGAGAAAACUACGGACCGCUUAAACAAAUCUAAUGCAUACUUGCAGCAGUACAAAAAUCGUGAAGAUAAACAGGAAGAAGAAGAUGAAAAAUGGAAGAGAAUAUUAAUGGCUACGAGAGAACGUGAGCAGGAAGAGCGGCUACAGGCUCGACUCAAAGAAGCAGCUGCGAAAUCAUCGAAACGUGAAAUGGAAGAAAAGAAAGAACAAAGUCAGCAAAGUAAAUACCAAAAUAUUAAAGCAAAGGCAAAGACUAGAUGGUCGUCUGUGAGAACCGAAUUGGAAUCUCAAGACUUACAGAAUAAACACAUAAUACUCGACAGUCCAGAUGAGGAGUCACUUAAUAUGGUUAGCGAAGAAAUCAUAACUUCGGAUGAAGAUAACCAAACUAAGUCUACCAAAGGGAACGUCGAAUGUCCGCUUUGUAAUAAAUACUUUACUCCAAAUGAAAUUGAGACUCAUGCUGAUGAAUGCGCGACAAUGUCUGAUAGUAUACUUCAGGAAAGUAUCAAUCAGGAUAAAGCAAACGUUGAACUCGGGAAAGCUCUGCCAUCUCAAAAAGUAUUGUCGUGUCAACAAUGUCAAAAAUUUAAGACGGUUGAUCCAAAAUUGUUUGAACAACAUUGUUCUUACGACUGUGAGAGAAAUUUUGAUGACCAAGGUUCCUAUGUUACGAUUCCCGUCGAAUCUUACACUUUUCUUGAAGAGCAACAUUACAUUAACAAUACAUUUUCCGACAAUAAUGAUGUCAAAAAUCGAUGGGUUGGAAACAGCAGUUUUUUGUGUGAAAAUAAAUUCCCUUCAACAUCGAAAAUGCUUCAAGCCCAGAGGCUUCUAAUCGUUUUUCAUGGGAUAGACACUUUCGCAAAAAUCAAAUUCAAUGAUCACGAAGUAGGCAAAACUGAUAAUAUGUUCACGCGAUAUGUUUUCGACAUCAAAGACUAUAUAGUUAAUGAUACGAAUUCGAAUAAUGAAUUAAUGAUAACCAUUGAAUCUCCUAUAAAGUUUGCAAAUGAUGUAUAUGAUAAUCAUAGCAAAGAUUAUAUUGUUUAUCCGAAAUGUGUUCCAAAAACAUAUCAUGGCGAAUGCCAUGUCAAUCAUAUCCGUAAAAUGCAAGCAAGCUUCGGUUGGGACUGGGGUCCCGCUAUUCCUUCCAGUGGGAUUUGGCGAGAUGUCGAGCUUGUAAUUGUCAAUGAUGCCGCAAUCAUAGAUCAUACGAUAGAUUUAUAUCAAGUUAAUGACACGAACUGGAAAAUUUAUACUACUGUGCUUCUUGAAACUGCGUUAAAUAAUCCAAAUAAUCCUAUUCAAUGUGAAUUAUCAGUAGUUUUAAAGAUUAACGAUUCUUAUGUUAUUAAUUCAACAAAAAUUGAUGUGAUGAACGGCCAAAAACAUUCUGUAUCAUUAGACGUUCGUGAGGCUGAUAUACUUCGUUGGUGGCCGAAUGGAUACGGCUCUCAGAUUCUUUAUAACAUAACAACAAAAUUAAAAACAGAAAGCGGUAUACAAAUUCGUAAAAAGCGUAUUGGUUUUAGAACAGUAGAACUAGUGCAAGAGCCUCUAAAAAAAGGUCUGAGUUUCUAUUUUCGGAUUAACAAAAUUCCAAUUUUCGCGAAAGGCAGUAAUUUCAUACCGACAAAUAUCUAUCCCAGUAAAUCAUCGAACCGAACCUAUAUAAGAUAUCUUCUGGAGUCUGCAAAACAAGUCAACAUGAAUAUGCUCCGAGUUUGGGGCGGUGGCGUGUACGAGUCGGAUUUUUUCUAUGACUUAGCUGACGAAUUAGGUCUGAUGAUCUGGCAAGAUUUCAUGUUCGCUUGCGCCAUGUAUCCAACUACCCCAGAAUUUUUGAAUUCUGUAAGAGAGGAAGUUAAGCAAAAUGUCUGGAGACUUAAAUCUCACCCAUCAAUCGUCAUCUGGGCAGGGAAUAAUGAAAAUGAAGCAGCGUUGUAUGGUAACUGGUACGGUACCGGAUCAAAUCCAAUUUACAAAAGCGAUUAUAUUAAACUGUACGUAGAUAUUAUUAAAUUCGAAGUCGAGAAGUUGGACUUCACUCGCCCUUUUGUCGUAUCAAGUCCAAGCAAUGGAGCCUGGGCAGAUCAGAACGGAUGGAUUGGAACUGAUCCAUAUUCGCCUCUGUAUGGAGACAUUCAUUAUUACAAUUAUUUAGCUAAUGGCUGGGACAUAAAUAUUUAUCCUAAGCCUCGAUUUUCAUCAGAAUAUGGCUUUCAAUCGCUACCGUCAAUUUACGGCUUGAAACCUAUGGUAAAAAGUAUACAAGAUUUACGUUUGAAUUCAGAAUUUUUAGAACAUCGUCAACAUUUACCCGGUGGAAAUGAACUCUUGACAUCUUUGAUUAAGAAAAAUUUCCGACUUCCUCAAAGCAAUGAUCCGCUCCAAGAUUUCGAAAAUUACAUAUAUUUAAGUCAAAUAAAUCAAGCGCAAUCUGUGAAGGUACAGACAGAGUCGUACCGUCAAGCAAAGAGUUACGUCAACGAUUCUGGCGAAGGCAAAACAAUGGGCGCGCUUUACUGGCAGCUAAAUGAUGUCUGGCCCGCACCUUCAUGGUCGUCGAUUGACGACGGAGGCCGUUGGAAGAUACUCCAUAAUUAUGCUGAGGAUUUCUUCGCUCCGAUUAUCAUCAGUCCGAGAUUAUCACCAAUUGACGACCUAACGAUAUUCAUUGUUUCUGACGAAUUACAUCCAAGAUUCAAUUGUUCGGUCGAGAUGAACGUCUACAAAUUUUGGGAAGAGUCUUCGGAUAUUUUCACUCGGAAAUUCAAUAACGUUUCCGUUGAAACGAAUGCGGCCUAUGAAUUAACGACGAUAAAUUUUGAGGAUGUUCUUAAGAAUGCGUCCUGCGGCGAGACUUUUUAUGAAGCAAAGAAGAAAUGUAUCGUUGAAUUUUAUCUAAGAGACCAAUUUGGGGAACCAGUAGCACCUGCUAAUUAUCUCUACCCUUCUUCUCCGAAAGAUUUCAAUUUGCCAGCGUGUGAAAUGACCGUUUCUUUCAAUUCUACUGAUUACGCCGCUACGAUUCAGUCCAGUUGCAUUCAACUGUUUGUUUGGUUCGACUUUCCAGGUUAUCUGCCUGGAAGAUUUUCAGAGAACGGCUUCCAUGUAUUGAAAAGCGUGAAAAAAGUUGAGUUUCAUCCGGGCAAUUUAUCAUUUGACUUGACUGAGUUUAUUCGCCACGUAACAGUUGUAAGUUUAGCUCAAAUAUAUGAGACUCCACAGCCGCUCAAUACGAUUUGCAUUGACUGCCUCAAUCUCUGAAGAAAUAUGUUUGGAUUUAAUUAAAAUUAUAAUGGGUAUCUAAGAAUAAAUUCAAAUGAAGCUUACACCAAAAAGUAAAUUUCAUAAUGAGUAUAAAUUUCUAAAAUAACCAAAGUUACUAAAAUUAUGAAAAUAGCGCCAAGUAUUAAGUAGAUCGAAUUCAUUGUGUUCAGUAAUUUUACUUACAAAUGUCAAUAAUUUUGUAAUUCAAUUAUUAUUAAUUACUAUUAAAAAAUUUUCCAUUGAUUACAGUAAAAAUUUCAAAUAUUUCCAGAUAAUUUUGUUUUUGUCAUCAGGGUUAAUGUGGGCCGGCGACCAACCUCUAAAAAUUUAUGUCAUUAAUUGCUCACAGGUGUCUCUACCUGUUGAUUGAACAGUAAAAAUUAAUUCCAAUGAUCCAGAAAAAAAGGAUUUCUUGGCUCAAAAAAAUUUUUACUUGCCCUGAGAAACUUUGUAUUAUAAAUUGAUAACAAAAAUUUUCCUAGAAUAACUGAAUAAUAAUUAGACUGGGCCAAAAAAAUCGACUUUUUCAUCCAUACUGUGAAAAUAUUAUUCCUGAUGACCAAAAAAAAAAUUAUUAUGCGAGUUUGAGCGCUUAAUAUUGAUAUUAAGAGGGGUAUCGUUACGACUAUUAGUUUUUUGACAGAAAUUUCAUUUUUUACCCAAAACUUGUAAAUCAUCUAUUUGAAAAAUUUGAGCAAUGGAUAUUCUCAAAGGAAAUUGAAUUCUCUACAAAAAAUUUCUCUUAGUACAUUGACGUAAAACGAGCCAUUUCCUGGUAACUGUGCCUUAAAAAUUGAUUUGUUUUUUAAAUUCUUUGUUCCUAGUUUGGAUUUUGUAACUAAUAGAAAUAUUAAAAUUUUUUUUAGUCAAGAUACAUUUUAUUGAAGGAAAUUUAAUGCUCUACAAGAAAGGUCUCUUAAAAUUUUUUGCUAAAUUCACUCCUUUAAAAGUUACUCAAGGUUAUUGAAGUCGUUUUGACUCAACUUCAACCUUGAAUAACUUUCGAAGGAGUGAAUUUAGCAAAAAAUGUUAAGAGACUUUUUUUGUAGGGCAUUCGAUUUCCUUUGAGAAUAAUCAUUGGCUUUUUUUCGGAAACUGAUUUUUACAUUAAUUAAAAAAUUUCAAAGUUGAACAAUUAAAUUGUAAAGUCAUACCAAUGUUCGAGGCAUGAUUAUAAGGAAACGGUUCAUCUGACAAAAAAUUUCAAUCAGACCUUUUUUGUAGAGCAUUCAACUUCCCACAGGAAACGUAUUCAAGUCUAUUUCGUUUAUCUCGAUUGUUUGAGAGUUAUGAGACAAAACCCCGCUUAUUCAAAAAAUAUCAAAAAUUGCGAUGAUACACCUCUUAAUAUCAACAUUGAGGGCUCAAAUUUUCACAAUAAUUGUUUUUUGUCAUCCCAAAUAAUAUUUUCACAGUAUCGUUAAAAAAAAUAGUCGAUUUUUUUGGCCCAGUCUAAUAAUAAUAUUUAUAUUUAAAUCGUAACAUGAUAUUAUCUUGGCAGUUAAAAGUUUAAAUCAAAGUUCAAUUUCCAAUGCUCAUUAGGUUGCUCACCAAUCAUCCACUACUUGAUAUUUGGUACUCGUGGAUAAGCUGUAAAAUGCUCGUGUUCAAAAGUAUAAAUAAGUUUUUGUUCAUUGUAUUAAAGUUAUGACUAUAUAAUAAGUAAAUAUACCCUUGAUAUUUAUAUUUAUAAUUUCACCCAUUGAAUUUUAUAGAAUGAAUAAAAAUCCGUAUAAUGAAUUGUUUUAUACAGGUAAAUAACAAAUUUUAUUGUACGAACUUAUUCAUAUACAUGGUGCUUAAAAAUCUUUACUUAUUCGAACUCAGCUUCAUCUUUAGAUUUCAAGUUUUUGUUCCAUAGAGAAGGUUUCGCUUCUGGAUAUUUAUCGGUAUAGAAACUCCUUAAUUCCCCGUGCUCUGCAUAUAAUCGUAUUCUAACUUGAUCUUUAUUUCUCAACCAUGCCGUCUUCCUCAACCUGAUCUUCCACGAAAGAUGGCUAUGGAAGAAAGGAGGAUGCUUCUUUUUUUUAUAUAUUACUUUACCCCCCAACACGUACUGAGUGAAGUCCAUGAUUUCAUCUGGCUCGAUUUCUUCUGGCUUCCUAACUUGGGCAGGAGAGGCCACUACAGUUGGGAAAAUGUCGUUUUCAUUUCUAAA